ACACCUUAUUUAAAGUUUUAUUAAAAAAAUUUGAAGUGACUUUGGCAAUCUAAGGCAAAUUGAUAUGAUCAAUAAAUUUUUUGCAUUCUACAACUUUUGAAACAGUUUGUAAAUUAUAUAUUUUAUAUUUUUCCUUAUAUUUCUCAAGGUCCCGAUCUUUUUGAAAAAUCUUGUAUAUAUUUGUAAAUCUUUCUGAUAGUAUAUUUUUACAGUAUUUAAUAAUGUCAAUAUGUGCUAAAUGUAAACAAUAAACAUACUUUUAGUUUUGAUAUCUAUAGUUUAUUACAAAACAAAAUGAACUUUUUUGCAAAGUGUUCAAACAACCUAUUUUAUUACUUUUGGGAGUUUUUUCAAGCUUUCCUGAAUAAAUCAGGAAGCUUUCUUUCAUAAAUGUACAGACUUCUAAAUAAUGACUUACAUAGAUCUUAAGUAUCUAAAAUUGAUCAUUUUUUUUACUGUCUUCUUUAUCAGUAUAAAUUAUUUAAUCGUUAGAGAUGUAUAUAUCAUUUUUAAUAUUUUCUUUUGCUUGCUAGAUCUAUUGAUCCUUUCAUUUUUAUAAACUAUAUACGCUACUGCAAAACUGCAAUACGCUACUGGGUACGUUCCGUUUCACGCAUGAUACGCAUGAUGUAUCGUUCAUCCUUGUUGUUUGUCAAACGUUAAACAAGAAUGAACAAUGCAUUAUGCGCAUCAUGCGUUGAAACGGAACGCAGCCUAGGCAAAACACGUGCAAUAGAAGAGAGUGCGCUAUUGCGCAUGCUUCAAAAGUUAUUCGAUCUACGAAUACUGGAUUUCGCAAUUUAAAUUUUAUGUUAACAAAUCGAUGAAAAAUGUUGUCGAGAAGACAAUUAUGCCUUAUUUUCAUGCAUAAAUGGAUUCGAAAGCAAGACGUUAUUUCGCGGCGGUUUUUCUCAUCCAAGAUUAAAAAAGAUGCAAAAGUACGGGAGAGAUGGAAGUCCACAGUUGGAUUGGAGGUCCAUGCUCAGAUUGCCACGGAAUCAAAAUUGUUUUCAAGCGCGUCCACCGACUUUGCCAGUCCUAUUAACUCAUGCGUCUCAUUCUUCGACUGUGCCACACCAGGAACGCUACCUGUACUGAACAGAAGAUGCGUGGAGUCGGCGGUGAUGACUGCUCUAGCACUGUCCUGCCAAUUGAAUGAUACUUCCUUGUUUGAAAGAAAGCAUUACUUCUAUGCAGACUUGCCUGCAGGAUUUCAAAUUACUCAACAAGGACGCCCUAUUGCAGUCAAUGGUGAAAUUAAGUUUCAUGUUUUCACUCCAGGGGUGCACAGGUCUCCAUACAUGAAAUAUUCCAAGAUUAAGCAAAUCCAAUUAGAGCAAGACAGUGGCAAGAGUUUGCAUGAUGAAAAUAUAGGAAGAAGUCUAAUUGACCUCAAUCGUGCUGGAAUACCUUUGAUGGAAUUUGUAUUUGAGCCAGAUUUGGUCGAUGGUGAGGAAGCAGCUGCCCUUGUGAAGGAGCUUGCGUUUACAUUGCAAUUAUUGGGUGUCUGUAGCGGCAAAAUGGAAGAAGGAGUACUUCGUGUGGAUGCCAACGUUUCUGUAAGCAAUCAAGACAGUUUGGGGGUUCGAACGGAAAUAAAAAAUAUUGGUAGCGUGCGUGCUGUCGCUGCGGCUGUUCAAUAUGAAAUAAAUAGGCAUAUUUCUAUCCUCGAGGCUGGUGAUGAAAUGUUCAACGAAACUCGCGCGUGGGACGCGAUAAAUAAGAAAACUAUUCCAAUGCGUGAAAAAGAAGACAAAGAAGAUUACCGAUUUAUGCCUGAAACAAAUUUGCCACCUUUACGUGUACAUAUUAGAGAAGAUUUAGCGAAUAAAGACAAUUUAGUUGAUGCGGUAGUACUGAGAAGACAACUACCUGAAUUGCCAGAACAGAUACGUCAAAGACUAAAGGAUAUUUUUAAGAUAUCUCCUGAAAUAAUCAUAGCUCUAAUGAGUGACUUCGCAUUAUUACAAUUAUUUAAUGGAAUAAUUAAAAAGAAUAAAAAUCGUGAUCCACAAUUAGUCGCCAAAUUUCUCGUCAUGGAGUUGUUGACGUUUCUUUAUAAAAAUAAACUCACAAUUGAAUUCUGUAUACCACAUAAAAAUUAUCUUGGUCAAUUAAUCGAUUUAUUACAAGACAAAUUAAUAAAUUUAAUAACGGCAAAGAAGAUUUUAAAGGCACUAAUAACUGAUUCAAAUAAAUUACCAAAACAGAUCGUUGAAGAACAUAACUGGUUUCUAAUAUCAGACGAGAAACAAUUAGAACAAAUAUGUUUAGAAAUUCUAGAAAAAAAUCCAAAACUUGUAUUGGGAUAUAAAAAUGGUAAAAAAAAAUUAUUUAACGCAUUAAUGGGAGAAAUAGCAAAGGUUACGGAACAAUGUGCAGAUUUAGCUAUUGUUGCAAAAAUUAUGGAACGAUUAUUGAAAUCGUAAUUGGAGAUAGCAGAAAUAUUGAAGCUGCUAAUUAAUUAGUAUUGUGAUAUAUUGUAAAUAAAUAAAUAAAAUGUUUGUAAAAAACCGAGUGUAAAAA